AUGAGUUCACGUUGCCUACCGUUUGUGAAGUCGGUCUGGGAGUCUUUUCGGGCCCAUUCUGGACUGGAGCCGAGGUAUCGCUUUUUGCCCAAUGUUGUCCGUCGUUGGAAUCAACACGCUGACUUGUGUCUCCGUGUUACAGCAGCUCGUCCAGGUACUGUCAAUUUCGAGUUGGACAUUGAGAAAGAACACACCAAUCGCCUGCAAAUCCUCCAUGGCGGAACAAUUGCGAGCAUGGUCGAUUUGGGAGGCAGUCUGGCAGUGGCUUCGAGAGGACUGUUUGCUACGGGUGUCAGCACGGACUUGAAUGUAACGUACCUCUCCUCCGGCGGCAAAGUUGGCGAUACCAUUCGGGCGGAGGCGACGUGUGACAAGUUCGGCAAGACUCUGGUCUACACUUCAAUCAAGUUCAUGAACUCGAAGGAUGAAACGUUUGCGAGAGGAAGUCAUACGAAAUAUGUGUCGAUGGCGUGGAAGGAUCCGCAGAACAUUACAGAUGAGCUCUCGCCGAGACCGUGA